AUUUAUCUUUGUGGACCAACAAGCGAAGGAGCACACGCUGAUCUCAUCGUCUUCUCUUGAUGGAUGACCUGAUAGAUAUCCAUUCUGCCACUGUGAGACAGACAGUGGUCGCCAUCGAACCUCCAUUCGUUCGUCCGGGCACAUGGGGUUUGCGAAGGACGAUCUGGGAUGCAUCGGAGCCUUUUUUAAGGGCGGGUCAACUACGCAAUUUCUCACACCGUUUCUCCCCCUCUCCUCCUCCUCCUCCCUUUCCCUUUCCUGUCCAGUCUCUUUCCACUUUUUCGCACGAACGUCCGGCCAUGGUUGCAUUAAAGUUAUCUAUCGCAAGUGUCCUAUCUAUUCUGGCCGGCGUCAAGGCCGGCUUCGUCGCCGGGCCCGCGCAGCUCGCCGCGCUCAACCUGCAGCCGGAUUACAUCAUCGUCGGAGGUGGUACCGCCGGGAGUGUUGUGGCCAGCCGUCUGUCCGAGUGGUCGAACCUGACCAUUCUGCUGCUCGAAGCUGGUGGCUCGGAUGCCGGUGUCUCUGAUAUCAUCGUUCCGUUCCUCUGCUUCAGCGCCACGCCCGGGACGCCGCUCGACUGGAACUACACGACCACGGCCCAGCCUGGGCUCGGCGGGCGCUCAAUCCCGUACCCGCGAGGCUAUGUGCUCGGUGGCAGCAGCUCCGUCAACUACAUGAUGUACAACCGCGGAUCGCAAGAUGACUGGAACAACUACGCCAAGGUGGCAGGGGAUAAUGGAUGGUCGUGGGGAAAUGUAUACCCCUAUAUGCUUAAGUCGGAGAAGUGGACCGCACCGGCGGACGGACACAACACUACCGGAGAGUUCAACCCUGCCGUGCACAGCAACCAGGGCCUUCUCUCCGUGUCGCUUCCCGGCGCGCCCAGCGACAUCGACACCCGGGUCGUAGCUGCGACUCAGCAGCUGUCCAGCGAGUUCCCUGCCAACGUUGACGUCAACUCCGGCAAGACUCUCGGUGUCGCAUGGAUGCAGGCCAGCAUCAACGGCGCCGUGCGCAGCAGUUCCUCCACGGCGUACCUGUCUUCCGGCGUCACUGGCCGCUCUAACCUGAACGUCGCCCUCAACACGCGUGUCACACGCAUUCUCCCUGUGACCGGCACCGAUUUCCGCACGGUUGAGUACGUCGACGCUUCCGGCAAGAAGUACACCCUCACCGCCAAGAAGGAGGUCAUCCUCUCGGCCGGAAGUAUCGGCACCCCCAGCAUCCUGAUGCACUCCGGCAUCGGUGACUCGGCGGCACUCAAGCCUCUCGGAAUCACCCCGCUCGUCAACCUUCCGUCCGUCGGCAAGAACAUGUCUGACCACGUGCUGCUCCCCACCCGGUACCUCGUCAACUCGACUAACACCCUCGAGACGAUCGAGCGUAGCACCGCCGUGCAGCAGCAGCUCCUCAGCCUGUGGCAGAGCUCCGGCCAAGGCCCCUUCGUCAACUCCCCCGGUAACCACAUCGGCUUCUUUCGUGUGCCCACCAGCCUGUCCAAGACUUUCGCCGGCUACAAGGACGCCAGCGCCGGCCCGACCUCCGGACACUACGAGUUCAUCAUCGCGGCCGGCUCGCUCCCGCCUGCGCCGCCCGCGGGCAACUUCAUGGGUAUCAUCAUCGGGCUCGUCUCGCCGACCGCGCGCGGGUCCGUGACGAUCAGCUCCAGCAACCCGCUCGACGCGCCGCUCAUCAACCCGAACCUCGUCGGCACGAGCCAGGACCAGUUCGUGCUGCGCGAGGCGAUGCGCGCGUCGGCCCGCUUCGCCGCGGCGCCCGCGUUCGACGACUACGUGCUCGAGAACGGCUCGUUCAGCCCGAAUGCGACGGACUCUGCGCUCAACUCGUACAUCGCGGCCAACGCCCAGACUGUGUUCCACCCCGUCGGCACCGCGUCGAUGAGCCCGUACGGCGCGCAGUGGGGUGUCGUCAACCCGGAUCUGACCGUCAAGAAGACCACCGGGCUGCGUAUUGUCGAUCUGUCUGUCCUGCCCGUCGUCCCCGCUGGUCACCCUCAAGGCCCUGCCUACUUCCUCGCCGAGCGCGCCUCCGACCUUAUCAAAUACCAGCCGGUCCACAGCAGCUAAACACGCUCUCUUAUUUCGCUGUAAUAUCUCAUACAUAAUCUUCGGGAUUGCUUCCAUUCUUUGCAUAUUGUUUGCUGUACUUCAUACUUACCUUUAAUCUUAUCUACGUACCGCGUUGUACACAAAUAAAAC